UUUAAGACACAGUUUCAGUUGAGCUGUAGUUCAAGGGUGAAAUCGUACUUUUUGAAGAGAGGCGGAUGUGAGGGGCUGGAUGAGAGGAGGAGUUUUUCCUCUCACUUGUGGAAUAAAGGCGACAUGGAGCGGCAGAAGCAGCAGCAAGCAGAGCACAGAUGUAAGAUUUAUGUGCUUGAUGUUGCAGACAGAGGACAUUAUAGGAACGUUAUGUGCAAGUAGCUAAAGUACGAGUGUUUACAGCCUCCAGACAGAGUGCCUCCCUGACCCCCUGUAUCAUAACCAGUAGAGGAAUCUGGAUCUCGGAUUAGUUCUUUAGGCUUAAAUAAGGAAAAUGCAGGAUUACGAGGAGUCUGUGUUGUUUCUGGGGAGCUGGGGUCCGUUCCAGAGGAGAAUCUUCUUCGUUCUUUGCCUCACCUGCGUUCCAUGCGGAUACAACAUCCUGUCUGUCAUCUUCCUGCUGGCCAGCCCCCCACACCACUGUGACAUCCCUCCCCACAGUAACCUGAGCCAGGAGUGGAUCCAGGCCAGCAUCCCGGCGGAGCCAGUGGCCGGGCAGCCGGAGAGAAGCAGCUGCAGCCGGUACGAGCUGGACCUGGUUAGGAACCUGUCUGCAAUGGGAGCCAGUCCAAACUGGUUGCAGAACCAGUCUGCACCGGGAUCGAGGCCAGAGGGUCUUCUGUCAAACCUGAGGCGGGAGGGCUGCAGAGAUGGAUGGAGCUACAGUACGGAGUACUUCCAGUCCACCGUGGUCACGGAGUUUGACCUGGUGUGCAGCGAACAGUGGAAACAGCCUCUGACUUCUCUUGUCUACUUUUUGGGAGGACUUUCUGGAUGUUUCAUCUCCGGACUGAUCUCUGACCGGUUUGGCAGGAAACCUGUUCUGUUCGGGUCCAUCGCCAUCCUCAGCAUCUUCAGCAGUGCUGUGGCUUUCGCUCCGUCCUGGCCUGUCUUCACUGUUCUCUUUUUUAUGCUGGGCCUGGGUCAGAUCUCCUGCUACAUAGUCGUGUUUGUGCUGGGUACGUUUCGUUGUGGAUCUUUACUCUCACCGUCUCCUAAUGCUAUGUUCAUGGCCACUCAAAUCAGAAUACCUCAUUUGUUUAAUGUGACUUGUUAAGCUUCCCUGAACAGGAUAGGCCUACAGGCCAAGCAAAAAAUUUUCAUUACUUUCAUCUUAGAAUGAGUUAUUUUAGGGCCUCUUGUCACUUUAAAUCUAUAUGAGCUGCUGCUGGCCACACCCCUAACUCAAUAUUUACACCUCCACUUGAAAAUGACUGCAAACAGAUGCACAAUUACACAGAUGUGCAAAUUUGAAAAGCAGAAGUGGAGCCUCCUGCACAACCAGCAAGAAUGCAGCAAGUGGUUUCUGGAUGGUGAGUAAACAACAAAACGCUUGUCUUUUCCGACUGCCAUUGUUCGACGCAUGCAGUGGUAAAAUCCAGCUGACCAAACUUGCUGGAGAUCUGCUAGGUUGCUAGGAAACAGUGC